AUCAUUUAAUAUCUGUGAUGUCAAUGCAGCCAGUACCAACACAGCAACCUCCUCCUGCCUGGGAAGAAGAACUCCAUCCUCGUGAAAACUAUGAGACUCUUCUAAACUUUGCAGAGCAGAUGGGGGAGGUGAAACCUAAAGGUUUGUCUCGUGUAGAAAUUGAUCAACUACCUACGUACCGUGUUACAGCAGGACCAAAGGAUGAAGAGGAGGACAAAAGAUGUGUGGUGUGCUUAGUGGAUUUUGAAGAGAAACAGCUUGUCAGGGUUCUACCCUGUCUUCAUGAGUAUCACACAAGAUGUAUUGAUAAAUGGCUCAAGUCAAACAGAACAUGUCCCAUCUGUAGAGCAGAAGUGAAUGUCAACACAGAUUAAAAGAUCAUGAUAAAAAUGGAUUUAAGUUAAGGCUCAGAUGUCCUCUGUAAAGUGGGAGUGAAAGGAUAAAAGCACAAUUAAGGACAGUGAACAACAGCAAAGCAUUUAUAAAGCCUUUGAAUUGUAUAAAGUAAUUGAAGCAUCUGUGUAGCCUAAAAGGCACUCCACAGUUGUCAGAGGUUUGAUAUGGAAGUUGCGUGCUGAGACAUUAAGAUAUUCAAGUGGUCCAUGUAUGGAAGAUGAGUUGUGGGGAACCCAUCAUUAUGUGUCUCUCUUUAACAACGAAGCGACAUGACACCAUCAAUGCGAGAGGGUAAAAUAACAUGUAAUGAAUGAUAAAGUUUGAAACAAAUCAAUUUGAGAAAUACAAAGAUCUUGCUAGUAAUAAUAAUUUAGCUUUCAGUGAGCAAAUUCCCAAACCAGUAUGGCAGUUAUUUUUAUGCUAAUCAAGAAAAGAGGUUGAUGUGGGAAGCAAAUCAGAUUUAGAUGUCUUGUCCCAUAACUUUAAAGCAGAUUUCUUUCCAAAGUUUCCGUGGUUUAAUUGCAUAGUUACAUUAUUUGUCUGUGUUAGUUGAUUGAUGUAGCUUGUUUCAACUGAAACAACCCACAGCCAAAUUUUGUUGCCAAAGCCAAAAAUAAAUGAACUUGAUUCAAAAUUAUUCCAUCCAUUUCUUUAUCGAAUGGUUUGUCACAAGGAAAGCAAGUUAAUGUCCCAUACUGUAUGCUUUAAAGAUUCAUUUUUGUUAUGGAGUGUCGUCAGUGUCAUUUAUAUUUGAGUUUGCCAAAUCUGAAAUCAACGCAUUUACACAAGCUGCCAAAAUUCUUGUUAUGUUUUGACUUUUCUGAGCAAAAUUAUUUUCCCUUGCCAUUUAACGUAAGUCAGUUUGCCAUGAGCAAACGUCCAGGGGACAGUCGGUCAUCUCUUUACAGAGCUCUUGGGUUGAUGUGUUUAGAUACUUUUAAAAAGAAAUGGAUUGAAACUUUUGACCAUUUUCAAUGUACAUGGUAAAGAUCAAUGGCUUAGGACUUGAUAUGCUGUACUUAUCAGGUUUUAAUAUCUUUAUGUGGAACAACACUAACUCACCACCCUAAAAUAUGAAAAUUAUCUGCUUUGUACUGCAUAACACUGGGUGAACUGCAGUCAACAGUAAAAUGUACUUUGUGUUUCAUUAUAUUCCAUACAGAAACCGAUUCAUGCCAAAGCAAUUUGUAAAUACAUUGAGUUGCUACUCAAAAGUAAGAUAAGCUAGGUAUGAAAAAUUUAAAAGUGGGAAAAAAAAUAAUUUUUAUAAAGUAAUGUCACAUAUAUAAAUAUAUUCUGCUGUUUUGUACAAAAGAAAUGUAUGAAGUUAUCAUGUACAUUUGGAUUAAUUUGGCUGUGAAAUGUUAUAGUGUUUUGAAAGAAGGGGCAUGACACUUCAGUUAUCUAAAAGUGCCACUACAAGUGAUUUUUUUUAAUCAGUAGGAUUUUAAGAAUCACAGCCUUUUAAGUCUACUCUGUACUUGAUGCAGCUACAAUAAAAUAACUUUUAAGAUAAAAUUUAA